UAGUUGUCCUUCCCUACUAAGUACUAAGGCAAAUGCCUCAACAUGCCUUAAUAAUCUCUGAGAGAUCCAUUAUAGCUAAUCUUCAUAAUGUCAUCUGAUGUCAUUAAGAAAAUAAUAAAUGGCUGCAAAUAGAUUUGAAAGGUAGUUGGGAAGAUUUCCAUGAACAUAAGGUUAAAAAAUGUUUUGAAAUUUUCUGGGUGAAAAGAAAAUUUGUGCUUUCUGAAAAUUGGUUUAUGAAGAAUGUCUCAUUCUCCAGCAAGGAUAGAGAAGUGAGGGAUCAUGUCCUCAGCACUGCAUGGCUUGUAAAACUGAUGUAUCCAAGCACUCAGUCUUCAUAGGCACGUGGGCUAUGGUGACCCACAGUGAAAUUAUCUCACAUUUGUCCAGCUUCCUAGGAGAUGGAAGGCACUGAGCGCUUCAAAAUAAUAUAAGAUUUGUGGUCAGUGCUUAAACCCAUUAAGUGGGCCUCUGUAAUGGAGCUGAGGUCUGCACAUCAUACAUGUGAAUUUCCAAGUGUCUUUCCGAGAGCCGGUUAGGUGGUAUGUCCUGGCUGCCAGGUGGGAGUGAGCAUGAUUUAGACAAGGGACCAGUUCCUGAGUCAGUUGUGAGCCCAGCCCAAGAGGAAAGCCCAGCGUUUCUUUCAAGAGUUAGUCUAAGCAAGGAUGUGUGUCUAAACUCUAAGAGCUGAGUGGGAGACAUACGGCAAACAUAAACAGAGUAGCAGAAACUGGGUCCCGAAGAGGACCUUGCUGGCCACCAGGAGGGUACCUCACUCACCCCUAUGCCUUGGCCUACCUUUCAUUCCAACUGUAGAUCUUCAUUCAGAUUUAACUUCCUUGCAAAGCCUUCCUGAGCCUGAGGAAUUUAUUGGGGAGGAACUGGCAGACGGUCAAGGCUUCGAAACAGGGGAAUUAGGUAAUGAGCUUUGCCAACUGGCUCCAUCCCCCUGGCUGCAGUCUGAAUGUUAAAACUAGAAGGGGGUCAGAAUGGAGGCUGUUGAAAACAAUGCAGAAUCUGGCCGUGAACCCGACUCCGCCCUCUCUCUACCUCUCAUUUGGUCAGUAAACGAGUUCUGUCAAUUGUACAUUCUAAAUAUUUCUCAAAGACGUCUGCAGUGCUGAUCACCAAUGACAAUGUAUGUUUUUUUUCCCCACACCACCAUUCUCCUUUACCAGCUGGGUGUCCUACAAUGUAACUCAGUGCUGACACUGUCUACCUGGAGGUAGCACCAGAUCCCACAGGUUCGGGGCUCAGUCCCACAGGACUGCCUCCACUUCGGAUGCCAGUCCCCAGUCCACGUUGUCAUGUCACCUGUGCUUCUGACCAUCUGGCUAUAAGUCCGUGGUUCCCACAGUCCCCUUCUUGAGUUUGUUUAACUUGCUGGAGCAGCUCACAGAACUCAGAGAAGCACUUUACUUACUAGAUUACUGGUAUCUUAUAAAACGAUAUAACUCAGGAGCAGUCAGUUGGAAGAGAUGCAUAGGGCAAGGUGUAGGGAAAGGGCGUGGAGCUUCCAUACUCUCUGGGAGCAGCCUCUCCUGAAUCUAUGUAUUUAUCAACCAGGAAGCUCUCCGAACUCUUUCUCCUUGUGGGUUUCUCUCGAGGCUUCAUUACAGAGGCAUGAUUGAUUAAAUCAUUGGCCACUGGUGACUAACCUCAACUUCCAGCCCCUCUUCCCUCCCCCAGGUCAGGGGGUGGAAAGGAAAGCUUCAACCCUUUCAUCACAAGGUUGGCUCCACUGGCAACCAGCCCCCAUCCUUAGGUGAUUUCCAAAGGCACCUCAUUAACAAAACAAAAGACACUUUAAUGGCUCUCAUCAAAGAAAACUCCAGGAACAGUGGUGGAAGACCAAAUAUAUGUUUCUUAUUAUCAAUCACAAUACCAUGACAUCCAUUUAUCUCUCUCUCUGCUGACACUACUUUUGUUCUGGCCCUCCUGAUCUCUCCACGAAUCACCAUAACAGCAUCCUCAUCUCCCACCUUGAAUUUAGUCUUGUUGCCUUUACCUGGCUUCCAGAGACAUCUCUCUGGAACACAGACCUAUUUCUGUAACUCAUUUACUUGAAACUCUAAUUGUCUCUCAUUCUUCCUACCAUAACAUCUAAAAUAUUUGGUGUGUUCUACAAACUUGGCAAAGUGUGGCCUCUGCUUACCCUACUGAAGUGGGUGCUGCGGGAUGUUGGCCAAAUCUACCCUUCAGGAUAAGGAGACUCAUUCCCUCAGUUGUGUGGGUGUUGCUGCUAACAGCUCAGAGCUGAGUCCUUCUCCAGGCCGUGUCCUCAGCCAGGGGAAGCUGCCCUACUCAAGGUUAUACACGCUCCCUUCCCAGGAACAGCCCCCACCAAGGAGUGCUUGAUGCAGGGCUGCCAAGGCAUCGUCCCUUUGCCUCCAUUCUGGACACGUCUGAAGGUCCCGCCUAGUUCCAGAGCUCCUUGUGGGAUUGGUUGAUGCCUCUGUUGCAACUGCAUUGCAGGUGAACUUCUCUCUUUGCUCACUCAUGCUCCAUUCAUCCCCCCACAGGUAUUGUUCCAGAGAGUAUACCCCCAGAAAUGUCUUGCUUUUGUAAGGGAGCAAAAUUUCCCACCCCAAAAUCUCUGGCAUUUGGAUUAUUUCGAGCUGAAAACAAUCAAGGCCCAAGACUCAGGAAGAAACUUUGACCUUCCCCCUAACUGCCUAAAAGAACAUAGAUAGAGGACCUCUUCCCUUUGGGAAGGGAGCCAUCACUAUAGAUAACAAAGUAUGAACCAGCUGUGACAGACAGAAAGGAACCUAGCAAAGUCUGUUAAAAUUUCUCUCUGUGUCCCUCUGUCUCUACAGGAACCAGCAAACAUUUGUUUACCAGACAUUUGCUUUUCCAUCUCCAUGUGAAUUGCCUUCCUCCCCUUUGAAGUCCCAAAUCACUACCCCAACAGCUUCUUUUGUCUUUAGCUGAGGAUGGUAUUUAAGGUGAGGGCUUCAGCCAUUCUGACGAGUUACUGUUUCCCUGGGUCUCUCCAAUGCACACGUGUUUUUAAAUUUCUGUUUGAUUUUCUCUUGUUAAUCUGCCUCAUGUCGAUUUAAUUCUUAGGCCAGCCAGAAGAACCUAGAAGGGUAGAGAAAAAUGUUUUCCUCCCCACAAGGGGUUGGCUGAGGUCACAUUUUAAAGGGCUUUCCUUUUGGCAUAAAAGCAGCCAAUGUUUUAUCUAAAGAGACAGGGAAUUAGAGGCCGCUCCAGUCACUCAAGCAGGAAACAAUGCAAUUAGUUGUAAAAGGGUGGAAGAUUGGAGGAUGACAUUAAGGCAAAGAGCUAUUGGCGGUGGGGUGGGGGGGCAGGAGUGGUGAAUAAAAGAUAAAGGGAAGAAUCUGGGGAAAAAAGAGAAGAAAAAAACAGACGUCCUGUCCAGAUCCAGAUGAUGAAUUCUAGUAUCCCAGAUGGAAUUCUGUUGACUUGGCCUCUGCCUCCUUAAGAAGACAAGGUCUCCUCCUCACAGACUUUCCUGGAGUUAGCCAGCACCCCUCAGUAAAGUGGAGGGUGCAGGGAGCAGAGAAGGCUCUAGAAAUCAGGGGGUCAGUUAGCAUGGAGGCACAGCAGCAAAAGGACCACCAGUAAUGAAGAUAGUGAAUUCCAAGAGGACCUGGAAAACUGGAUGAGAUCAGCCUCGGUGGGCUGAUGAGGCUGGACAUUCGCAUGUCCAGUUCUGACUGGUCAUUUAGGGAAAAACACCAACUCGGGGCUGGGCUUACAGCUCAAUGACUAGUGACUUAGGUCCAACCACAUUGAGGACAUAGUGGUAGCUGUCAAAGGGCUUAAGUUUCCUCUCUCAGGAUACCUGGACUGGAAAGCAGAUGGAUCAGGCACUUGCAAAGGAGAAAAGGGGUCACUGUGCUGGGUCACUAGCCUCCUUAAUGAGCUAGCUUAUAGCAGUGGUCAAGGCCAGAGGUUAAAGGUAAGGAAGGGAAAAGAACCAAGCGGAUGAUUUUAUCCCAAUAGCAGGCUAAGGGGCACCAAGCCAUCUUUUUCUUUCCAUUGAGUAAGGCCUGCUCUGAAUAUAGAUGGCCACCAUUGGCCACUGUAUGUCAGUCAAAGCUGUGACUAUCUCCGAAAGGAGUUUAACUUUCCUUUUUGAAACUUCUGGUCACAAGAACAUGAGGGUUUCCACUCAUGUUCCAGUCCUGCCCCAUGGCUCAUCAGUCCUAAUGGGUUAGGGGAACCAGCUGUGGGCUUUGCUGCCUCUGGGGUCACAAGAGUAAAAGCUUGCCAACCAAGACCAGGUGUGGGCAGUUAGAGCGGAGAGACCAGGCUUGUGCCUGUGAACCAGGUAACUGAAGAGAGUGUGUGGGGCAGAGAGGGAGCGUCUGCCAGGACUGAACUGAAGGGCUCUGAGGCCAAGCUCUUUGGAGGCCCUUCCAGAGACAUGGGGGCAACAGCAGCCUUGGAAACAGCCCAAGGACAUGUGCUACAAUGAGGCCUCCCACUUUGUUCUCACCGAGUCUCCAGUAAUUCUUUAGACGCCAUUAGUAUUGAAUGUAUAUUUCAUUGUAAAAAUAAUGUAAACCUGCUAUAGAAAACCAAGAAAAAGAUUACCCCAAGAAAACACUGCCUCCUAAAAGUUAAUUGUGAGUUUCACUUCCACUGGAUCUUAUCCAUCUUAGUUCACCAUCUCCAAGUUAGGACUUAAGGAGUUCAUCAGGAAAAUCAACCAGGACUUCCCUGGCGGCGCAGUGAUUAAGAAAUCACCUGCCAAUGGAGGGGACACGGGUUCGUAUCCCUGGUCUGGGAAGAUCCCACAUGCCACGGAGCAACUAAGCCCGUGCGCCACAACUGCUCAGCCCGCAUGCCACAACUACUGAAGCCUGCAGGACUAGAGCCUGUGCUCCGCAACAAGAGAAGCCACCGCAGUGAGAAAUCCAAGCACUGCAAGGAAGAGUAGCCCCCACUCACCGCAACUAGAGAAAGCCCGCGCGCAGCAACAAAGUGAAGACCCAAUGCAGCCAAAUAAAUAAAUAAAUAAAAUUUUAAAAGAAAAUCAACCAGAGCACCUUUAGCAUAACACUUUAUUCCAAAAUGCCAGGCAUGAAAAGUUUCCCAAAGAGCAUUCUCACUCAGGGAAGGAGGCUGAGUGGGGCAGUAUUUUUCAUGAGAAUUUAAGAGGAGAGAUCAGCAGAAGUUCACCUAGAUUGGGGAAUACCGUUGCCCCUUGAUAUCCGCGGGGAAUUCAGUCCAGGACUGCCCCAUCCCCCGUCCCCUACCCCCGCAUCCCGAAGAUACCAAAAUCCUGCGAUGCUCACCUUCCUUAUGUAAAAUGGCUUAGUACACUUAGCCCUCCACAUCCGCAGAUACAGAGGGCUGAAUGUCAUCAAAGACAGUUCUUGGAAAUAGGAGGAAUUGUUCUUAAGGAUGAGGAGCCAUUGUCUGUGAUGAUACCAAGAGGGUGGGAAGGAACAGUUAGGGGCUGACCUCACUUGGAAGAGAGGUAGAGAGGAACAGCCAAUGGGGACAAGGACAUGCAAGGGCCACACUGGAAAAUUCUUUUAGUGUCUCUUGCAGGGACCAAAUACAAACCCAGGUCUUCUGACUCCUGGUCAGAGAUCUUUCCACCUCUCGUAGAUGCCCCAACCUUCUCCACUUUGGUAGGUGAUUGAGAAAGAACCGUGAGUAUCCUGGACCCAACCAUGGAAGGAGAGGUUGAGAUAAGUAGACCUGGACAGCAAAGGCGAAAAAUUGGAAGAUUUUACAAUUGUGUCCUAAGGAUGUGAUUUAUCUUCAGCUGGACUGGGGCCUGCAGGAGUUGAGUCCUAUGCAUUGCUGGCCUGCAGCUGCAAGUGAAGGGAAUUCUGCUACUGGAGACUGAGAAAACUCAAGGACCUCCGCGCUAAGGAGUUCCAUUUCCUGAUGGUUUGGCUCCGGAAAUGCCCCUGUAUCAGUAACUGUUUGGCUCUUAAUGAAACUCUUCUGAGCGUGAAUCUCAGAUUUUUCAGCUGCCUCCCUGGGUGGCUAGGCCUGUGGCCCAUUGGACCUCUCUCCCCAAGAGGCAAUGGGCCCAGUGCCCAGGCUGCUCAGAGACCGGGUAUAUCAGAGCUUUCAUUUUUCCUUGCUGUGCCUUUAAGAGCUGCAGGAAUGCAAAGAGUCUGGAGGAGGGGUGGGGUCUCCCAAAGGGAUUUCCGGGGAAAAGGAUCCCGGGAAUCUGGGCCAGAAACUAAACUGAGAGUCCAACUCUGAGAAGCUGGGGGUGGUGUGUGUGUUGGGUCAGGCCUGUGAUUGGACUGCAGAGUUCUCUAGGGAGGAAGAAAACAAAAGUAAAAAGGAAAGAGCUGGGGAGAGGGGAGAGGCCCACCCCGCCCCCCAUCCCACCCCUAUGCACACUCACCCAGGCCUGGAAGAGGGGACAGCCACUAGCCUGCAGAGGGUCCGUGUGUGUCAAAGGUGAUAGUGACAGAUGCUGGACCCAGGGAGACCUCUACCCCAAGUCGGCCUGCAGGGCCUCCGGAGACUGACUUGCCAACAGCUGGACUUGAUCACCAGCUUGCUAAGCAAGAUCACGCAUCUGAGGGAGUAACUAGCAGACUUUGCUGUCUGGCUGUUUUUGGAGAAUUUUUCUCAGCAGCGGCUAGAAAGCAGGAGACCACCCCCUGGACCCUUGAGCCUUCUUCGAGAAGCAACAGCAGAAGAGAUUCCCACCCUGGGUGGUUUGCAGGACCAUGCUGGCUCUUAGGCGAGCUUCUGCUUUCAGCGUUCUGAUCCUCACGGCCUUUCUGCCCCUGCCGCAGUUCGCCCAGGACCCGGCCAUGGUGCACUACAUCUAUCAGCGCUUUCAAGUCUUGGAGCAAGGACUGCAGAAAUGUACCCAAGCAACGAGAGAAUACAUUGAAGAUUUCCGAGAGUUCUCGAAAAACAUAUCCGUUAUGCUGGGACGAUGUCAGACGUACACAAGUGAGUACAAGAGUGCGGUCCAUAACCUGGCCCUGAGAGUCGAACGUGCCCAGCGGGAGAUCGACUACCUGGAGUACCUGCGGGAGGCUGAGGUGUGCACAGAGUCAGAGGACAAGAUGCUGACAGAAAAGCAAGUCCAAGGAGCUGAGGAGGAGAAAAGGAUCCGGACACUGCUGAAUGCAAGCUGCGACAACAUGCUGAUGGGCAUAAAGUCUCUGAAAAUAGUGAAGAAGACAAUGGACACAGAUGGCUCUUGGAUGAAAGAUGCUGUCAGAGACUCUCCAAAAGUUUAUCUCUUAAUUGGAUCCAGAAAUAACACUGUCUGGGAAUUUGCCAGCAUACGGGCAUUCAUGGAAGAUAGCACCAAGCCAGCCCCCCGGAAGCUGAUCCUAACACAUUCCUGGCAGGGGACAGGCCAAGUGAUCUACAAAGGUUUCCUGUUUUUUCACAGCCAAGGGACUCCCAAUGAGAUCAUCAAAUAUAACCUGCAGAAGAGGACCGUGGAAGAUCGAAUGCUGCUCUCGGGAGGGGCAGGCAGAGCCCUGGCCUACCCGCGCUCCCCCUCGACUUACAUUGACCUGGCUGCGGAUGAGCACGGGCUCUGGGCCAUCCACUCAGGGCCAAGCAUCCACGGCCAUUUGGUUCUCACGAAAAUUGAGCCCGACACACUGGGAGUGGAACACUCAUGGGACACUCCAUGCAGAAGUCAGGAUGCCGAAGCCUCAUUCCUCUUGUGUGGUGUCCUCUACGUGGUCUAUAGCUCUGGUGGCCUCGGCCCGCAUCACAUCACUUGUGUCUAUGAUCCGCUGGGCGCUGUCAUGGAGGAGGAUCUGCCCAACGUGUUCUUCCCCAGGCGGUCGAGGAGUCACUCCAUGAUCCAUUACAACCCUAGAGAUAAGCAGCUCUAUGCCUGGAAUGAUGGAAACCAGAUCAUUUACAAACUCCAGACAAAGAGAAAGCAGCCUCUGCAGUGAUGCGUUGCAGCCACGAGGGAGAGCGCCGGGGAUGCUGCUCUCCAGGAGACGGAAGCCACAGCCCCUUUGCAACACAGAAUCCCUCUAAUUGCACACAGGGAUAGGGGCUGGAAGUGGGAAUGCGCACGCGUCCUUUUCCAGAUGGUACUGCCUUCAGUAUCUUCCAGGAGCAUAGAUGAGAGUCUGUCAUUCAGGAAUUUUCAACAACUUCCAUUACCCAUCCAAACCUCCUGGAGCUCAAGGCCUUCCACAUUCCGAUCCAGUUUACUUCCAACCUUUUCUUUUACUAGCAUUUACUCUAACUCUCCCCGCCCCCGCCCCCCAGCCAUUAGAAAUGUAAGCCACCCUCUAAUACUCCUGGCUUCUCUCUCCUCUGGUCUUUGCUCAAAUCUCUUUCCUCUUUCACAAAUGCCUACUGAUAUUCUUCCAUUAUUCACUGCCCAAAUAAAGUACUAUUUCUUAUUGAUGUUUAA